CUUCAAUAUCUAAAAAAAACAAAAAAUUUUAUUUUUUUUUCUUGUCAGUAAAUGUAAAUGCAAACCAAUAAUAAUAGUAAUUAAUUUAUUUAUUAAUAAAUAUAAUCAAAUGGAAGUUAAACAAGAAAUUGACGAGGAAACGUGUAAAGUGGAAAUAGUUGAUAAUGAUUUGGAUGAUGCUCUUUUGGAUGGCUUUAAAUGUGAAAUUCAGGAGGAAUCUGAUACAGAUACACAAAAUACCCAGGACACCUAUAAUUAUUUUAACUUAAAUAAAUGUGCCAUAAAAACUGAAAUAGAACAAUAUGGACAUGAACUUAAGCCAUUUGAAGAAAACCAAGAAACUGAAAAAGAUCGUCUGCAAGAGAACAAGAUGGAAAUUAUCGAGACACUAACUGAACAUUUAUAUCACGAAGAAAAUUAUAUGAAUCCACAUGCAAAAGGAGAAACAUUAAAAAGUGUGAAAGUUGUGACUGCAAAAAAACCUUACAAGUGUGAAAUCUGUGUUAAGCAAUUUAAUCAAGCAAGUACUUUAAAAAGACAUGUGAGAGUGCAUACUGGACAAAAACCUCACAAGUGUGAAAUUUGUUUUAAACAAUUUAGUGAAGCAGCUAGUUUAAAAGUACAUUUGAGAUGGCACACUGGAGAAAAACCACACAAGUGUGAAAUUUGUUUUAAGCAAUUUAGUGAAGUAGGUAACUUAAAAAGUCAUCUAAAAGUGCAUACUGGAGAAACACCUCACAAAUGUGAAAUUUGUUUUAAGCACUUUAGUGUAGCAGGUAAUUUAAAAAGACAUUUGAGAGUGCACACUGGAGAAAAACCUCACAAGUGUGAAAUUUGUUUUAAGCAAUUUAGUGAAGUAGCCAAGUUAAAAAGACAUCUGAUGGUGCAUACUGGAGAAACACCUCACAAAUGUGGAAUUUGUUUUAAGCAAUUUAGUGCAGCAUGUGCUUUAAAAGUACAUUUCACAGUGCACACUGGAGAAAAACCUUACAAGUGUAAAAUUUGUUUUAAGCAGUUUAUCACAGCAGGUGCUUUAAAAGUACAUUUUAGAGUGCACACUGGAGAAAAACCACACAAGUGUGAAAUUUGUUUUAAGCAAUUUAGUGAAGUAGGUAACUUAAAAAGACAUCUAAAAGUGCAUACUGGAGAAACACCUCACAAAUGUGAAAUUUGUUUUAAGCACUUUAGUGUAGCAGGUAAUUUAAAAAGACAUUUGAGAGUGCACACUGGAGAAAAACCUCACAAGUGUGAAAUUUGUUUUAAGCAAUUUAGUGAAGUAGCCAAGUUAAAAAGACAUCUGAUGGUGCAUACUGGAGAAACACCUCACAAAUGUGAAAUUUGUUUUAAGCAAUUUAGUCAAACAAGUGAUUUGAAAGUACAUUUGAGAGUGCACACUGGAGAAACGCCAUAUAAGUGUGAAAUUUGUUUUAAGCAAUUUAAAGCAGCAAAAAAUUUGAAAAAACAUUUGAGAGUGCAUACUGGACAAAAACCUCACAAGUGUGAAAUUUGUUUUAAGCAAUUUAGUGAAGCAUGUAAUUUGAAAACACAUUUGAGAGUACACACUGGAGAAAAACCUUAUCAGUGUAAAAUUUGUUUAAAACAGUUUGCUCAAAAAGCUAAAUUAACUGGUCACAUGAAAGUUCACACUAGAUAAAAACCCCACAAAUGUGAAAUUUGCUUUAAGAAAUUUAGUAGUAGGUAUUAUUUGAAAACUCAUACUAGAUUACAUACUGGAGAAAAACCUUAAGAGUGUGAAACUAAUUUAAAGUAGUAUAUUAAAGCCAGUAGUUGUAAGAAACAUUUGAAAACACACGCCGAAGGAAAACCUCAAGUGUGAAAUUUGUAUUUAAGGUUUUCCCGUAGUUAAGGGAAGGUAAAUUCAGUUUAAACUGAAUUUACCUUCAUUUAUGCAAAUUCAUCUCAGAAGAUUUAUUUUAGUUAGCGUAGUUUGAGGAAGUAGGCUAUUUUCCUUGUAAUAAUUUCAAGUAUUCGAGUUUCACAGUGCUUUCGAAAAAUAGUACAAGCCUGCCCAUAUUUGUAUUAUAAAACCAAAAAAAUGUUCAUUAUAUGGAUGCCUCAGAAGUCAAACGCUGUAAGUCAUAUUCUCCCUAAAAAUGAGUUAUGAGAUAUAACACUUAUUAUUAUAUAUAAUCAUAUUAUUUCCUUGUUUGUAUUUAUGAAUAUAUUGCCCAUAUUAUGAUAAAUAAAGACAGUUUAUUUGUUUUUAAUAACUACUUAUAUUUCUUCAACUAUUGUCAGAAACAUCCUAUAGUAUCUCAUUUUAAACACUUAUUGACUUACACCGAUUGGCUUCUGAGGCAUCGAUAUAUUUGACAACUAUUGUAGUAUUUUAUUUGUAUAUAAAUCAAUAUUUCAUCAUAAAGUUUUUACUUAACAUUU